AUGCCACCUCGGUCGUUCGCCAAAGUGAGGGCGGCCCAGAAAGCCAGAGCGGCGGCGACUGCUCCUGCUCCUGCUCCUGCUCCUGCUGCUACCGAUGCUGCCAACCCCGACAAGGACGACGACAAGGCUCAGCUCUCGGAUGCGACUUCAGCGACCAUCACCGAUGAUGUGAAGCCCCUCGCAUCCACUUCGACGGGCAAGGAUGCCGCUGCUUUCCCCGCCGCGGUCGCUCUCCCCGCGGAGCCGAUGGAUUUGGACGAGACCGUCGAGGAAGGGACGGGCGACACCGAGAUGGCCGACCCAGUCGAGGGACCCACCGUGACGGACGAGAACGACGAGAAAGUGUACCCGACCGCAUCGACAGCGACGGCCAAGACCGCAGCAGCAGCAGCAGCAGCAGCAGCGGCGGCCGGAUCAGAUUCAGCUCGACUCAAGGGCAAGGCCAAGGCCAAGGAACUUUUCCCCGAGAGCAGCUCGGGCCCGGAGAUGAAGGGGAUGCAGAAUGUCGGUGAUUUGCAGACCUUGGGCGAUGGGUUGCAGGCUAUGGGGAAACAGGUUUGGAAGGGCAAGAAUCUCGCGGAUCCGAUCAAGGCUGUUGAGGUGAUUUUUCCUUGCCACAACCUCCCAAUUGACCGGGGCAUCUUCUGUGAUGGUUCAGUCCGUCACGCUCGGGCUGGCUGGCUGACUCUCUCUCUCUCUCAUGAUCGUGUGCGUGUUUAGGACAAGUGGGAUCUAUUACCCGCAUUCUUGGCCGUCAAAGGUUUGGUCAAGCAGCACAUCGACUCGUUCAACUACUUUGUCGACGUCGACCUGCAAAACAUCCUCCGCGCCAACGCCCGCAUCACCUCGGAUGUCGAUCCUCACUUUUACCUCGAGUACGAGGACAUUCGCGUCGGCGCACCCGAACGAUCGGACGAGAACCCGAUGAAUUCGAGCAUCACCCCUCACGAAUGUCGAUUACGCGACCUGUCCUACUCGGCCCCCGUCUACGUCAACAUCAGGUACACACGCGGCAGGCAGGAGGUGUCGAGCAAAGGCAUCCGUAUUGGGCGACUACCGAUCAUGCUGAGGAGCAACAAGUGCGUUCUGACGGGCAAGGACAAGUCCCAGCUGGCGAGCAUGAACGAGUGCCCGCUCGACCCCGGGGGAUACUUUGUCGUCAAGGGCACGGAGAAGGUCAUUCUCGUGCAAGAGCAGCUAUCCAAAAACCGUAUCAUAGUGGAGACCGAGCCCAAGAAGGGGCUUGUGCAAGCUUCCGUGACGAGGUGAGUGUGACAAAGAUUCCUUUGAUGCCGUCGACCGAAGAUUGAUCCGAUGAUGGCCCUUGCAGUUCAACCUUGGAACGCAAGUCCAAGACCUACAUCCUGACCAAGCAUGGCAAGAUCUACCUCAAGCACAACUCGAUCCACGAAGACAUCCCCGUCGCGAUCGUCUUGCGAGCGCUCGGUGUCGUCUCGUCUCGUGAGAUCGUGCAACUCGUCUGCGGCAACGACGACGAGUUCCGUUCGCAUUUCGCCAUCAACAUCGAAGAGCUCGAAGACCUCAAGACCAAGUCUGGGCAGCAGAUUCCCGUGCAGACGCAGCAGCAGGCGCUCGACUACAUUGGUUCGAGGGUCAAGAUCAUUCGGAGGACGGGACCCGGUGCUUCGUGGAGUCAGCGACGACCGGCGAGUGAAGAAGCGAUCGAGGUGCUCGCCACCGUCGUAUUGGCCCACGUCCCCGUCGAGGACCUCAACUUCCGACCCAAGGCCAUCUACAUCGCCAUGAUGGUGCGACGUGUGCUCAUGGCCAUGGUCGACCCCAAGAGCAUCGACGAUCGAGAUUACGUCGGUAACAAGCGUCUCGAGUUGGCCGGUCAGCUCUUGUCACUUCUUUUUGAGGACUUGUUCAAAAAGUUUAACCACGACCUCAAGCUCAACAUUGACAAGAUCUUGAAGAAGCCGAAUCGGACGACCGAGUUUGACGCGAUCAAGCAGUUCCAACUGCACGGUGAUGGGAUCACGCAAGGUUUCGUCCGAGCGAUCUCGACAGGUAACUGGUCCCUCAAACGUUUCAAGAUGGAGCGGGCGGGCAUCACCCACGUCCUAUCGCGCUUGUCCUUCAUCUCGGCAUUGGGUAUGAUGACGCGUAUCUCGUCGCAGUUUGAAAAGACGAGGAAGGUCUCGGGUCCUCGUGCGCUGCAACCUUCGCAGUGGGGUAUGCUUUGUCCAAGUGAUACACCCGAAGGAGAGGCGUGUGGACUGGUCAAAAACUUGGCGCUCAUGACUCACAUCACGACCGACGUGGAGGAGCAGCCGAUCUGGAAUAUCUGCUUCCUCAUUGGUUGUGAAGGUGCGUUUGCUUAUGCUCUCGGCUGUGCUCCAUAAUUCGGGAGGCUGACUGGGCUACCACUUCAUGCUCCUCUACAGAUAUCAACACGCUCGAUGGAAACGAGAUCUACACCGAAGGUUACUACAUCGUGUACCUCAAUGGUAAUGUGCUGGGUUUGACUCGCACGGGCACGCGCUUCGUCAGUCAGUUCCGCCUGCUGCGUCGAACGGGCAAGAUCAACGAGUUCGUCUCCAUCUACGUCAACCUCACGCAACGAUGCAUCCACAUCGCUUCAGAUGGUGGACGUAUCUGUCGACCUAUGAUCAUUGUGGAGAAUGAGCGCAGCCGAGUCAAGGAGGUUCAUAUGAGGGUGAGUGGUUUGCAGGCUCCUCCGUCGAUGACCAUGGUGCUCUUUGACUGACUUGAUCUUCCUCAGCUACUCCGCGAGAAAAAAAUGUCCUUCGACAUGUUCUUGCAAAAAGGCCUGAUCGAAUACCUCGACGUCAACGAAGAGAACGAUGCCUACAUCGCUCUUUACGAACACGACAUCAUCCCCAUGACGACCCAUCUCGAGAUCGAGCCCUUCACACUCCUCGGUGCCGUUGCCGGUCUCAUCCCUUACCCGCAUCACAACCAAUCCCCUCGAAACACCUACCAAUGCGCCAUGGGUAAACAAGCGAUCGGUGCGAUCGCGUACAACCAACUUCAACGUAUCGACACCUUGUUGUACCUCAUGGUCUAUCCUCAAACGCCGAUGUGUCGCACGCGUACGAUCGAGUUGGUCGGCUACGAUCGCUUACCCGCCGGUCAGAAUGCCAUGGUCGCGGUCAUGAGUUUCUCCGGGUACGAUAUCGAGGAUGCUUUGAUUUUGAAUCGGGCAAGUUUGGAUCGUGGGUUUGGGAGGUGUCAGGUCUUCCGAAAGUACUCGACUUUGAUCAAGCGGUAUCCCAAUGGAUUGUGAGUCGCUUCGAGCAGGGGGGGGGGGGGGGGGGGGGGAGUGUCAUUUCUGAUUGCUGACCGCGAGCUACCCGCAGGUACGAUCGACUUGCCGAUCCUCCGAAAGAGACGGAUGGCACGGUCAUGGCUCGUUACAAUGCGCUCGACAACGAUGGUCUUGCCCACGUCGGCGAACAGGUCGAGAAUGGGCAGAUCUACAUCAACAAGCAGACGCCCUCUGGAGCCAACGACAACAACGUACAGACGGUCGCCAACUCGACCGCGGCGGGUGCGCAAACGUGGAAGAACACGGGUCUGACGUACCGUGGUCCGAUCCCGGGUUACAUCGACAAGGUCUUGUUGACCGAUACCGAUCAGGACACGACGUUGGUCAAGGUGUUGAUUCGACAGACUCGACGACCCGAAUUGGGGGACAAGUUCUCGUCCCGUCACGGACAGAAAGGAGUUUGUGGGUUGAUCGUGCCGCAGGAGGACAUGCCCUUCAACGACGCCGGUAUUUGCCCCGACAUCAUCAUGAACCCGCACGGUUUCCCUUCGCGUAUGACGGUCGGCAAGAUGUUGGAACUGUUGUCGGGCAAAGCCGGUGUGUUGAAGGGCAAGUUCGAGUACGGUACCGCUUUCGGAGGUAGCAAGGCCGAGGACAUGUCCAAGGUCUUGAUCGAGGCGGGCUACUCGUACGCCGGCAAGGAUUACUUGACUUCAGGUAUUACCGGUCAGCCGUUGGAGAGUUAUGUAUUUAUGGGUCCUAUCUACUACCAAAAACUCAAGGUGGGUCCUGUGCUCAUUUUUUAGUGCAGUCGGAGAAAAUCAACUAACUGAAUAUAUGUUUUCUAAUAAUCUACAGCACAUGGUUGUCGACAAGUACCACGCACGAGCCAAGGGACCUCGAGCGGUCCUGACGCGUCAACCGACCGAAGGUCGAUCGCGCGACGGUGGUCUUCGUCUCGGAGAAAUGGAACGAGAUUGCCUCAUCGCCCACGGUGCUUCGCAACUCUUGCUUGAACGUCUGAUGAUCUCGUCCGAUGCGUUCAAGGUUGACGUUUGCCAGGAUUGCGGUUUCAUGGGUUACAAUGGGUGGUGCAUGCGGUGCAAGAGCGCCAAAAAGGUCGUCAAGUUGACGGUGCCGUACGCUUGCAAACUCUUGUUCCAGGUAAGUUGAUGUUGAGGUGUUUUCCCCUGUAUCAUGCAUCCUGACCUUGUUUCGUCGCUCUCACAGGAACUGAUGGCCAUGAACAUCGCGCCGCGCCUCGUCUUGGAGGACAGCGUGUAG